ACUUGUCAAACAGCAAUCCCACAACGUGUAUCCGACAAAUUCCAACUUGUAAAUAUCCACACUUUUUCGCUUUAAAAAAGCGUACUUUAAGUUAAAAAUGAGCACAAUACUUGAAAAAAUCGCCGCCAUCGAGCAAGAGAUGGCCCGUACUCAAAAAAACAAAGCCACAGCUGGGCAUUUGGGUUUACUUAAAGCCCGCCUGGCCAAACUCCGUCGCGAAUUGAUUACCCCCAAAGGCGGCGGGGGCGGCACAGGUGAAGGGUUCGACGUAGCGAAAACCGGCGACGCUCGAGUAGGUUUCGUCGGUUUUCCCUCCGUCGGUAAAUCCACCCUCCUCAGCAACCUGGCGGGCGUCUACUCGGAAGUCGCCGCCUACGAGUUCACCACGCUCACGACCGUCCCCGGCUGCAUCAAGUACAAGGGGGCUAAAAUCCAGCUGCUGGAUCUGCCGGGGAUUAUCGAGGGGGCGAAGGACGGUAAAGGCAGAGGCCGGCAGGUGAUCGCAGUGGCUCGGACGUGCUCGCUUAUUUUCCUGUGUUUGGAUGUGUUGAAGCCGCUGGUUCACAAGAGGCUGAUCGAGCACGAGUUGGAGGGGUUCGGGUUGAGGCUGAAUAAGCAGCCGCCGAAUAUCUACUUCAAGAAGAAAGAUAAAGGGGGGAUUAAUUUGAAUUGCAUGGUGCAGCAGACGGAGCUGGAUUUGGAUACGGUGAAGUCGAUUUUGUCCGAGUAUAAAAUUCAUAAUGCGGAUGUUACAUUGAAAUAUGACGCGACAAGUGAUGAUUUGAUUGAUGUGAUUGAGGGGAACCGGAUUUACGUCCCUUGUAUUUAUAUACUUAAUAAGAUUGACCAGAUUAGUAUAGAGGAGUUGGAUGUUAUUUAUAAAAUUCCGCACUGCGUUCCAAUUUCGGCUCACCAUAAAUGGAAUUUCGACGAUUUGUUGGAGAAAAUGUGGGAGUAUUUGAAGUUGGUUAGAAUCUACACUAAACCUAAGGGUCAACUUCCGGAUUAUAAUGCACCUGUAGUGUUACAUUCUGAUCACACGUCUGUAGAAGACUUUUGCAAUAAGUUACACAGAAGCAUUGCUAAAGAAUUUAAAUAUGCGUUAGUUUGGGGCUCUUCAGUCAAACACCAGCCUCAGAAAGUAGGUCUUGAACAUAUUCUUGCAGACGAAGACGUUGUUCAAAUUGUGAAGAAGGUUUGAGUUUCUCAUAUUGAGACAAAGAGGGUGAAACGUCUGAUAAAUCUGCUACGUGGUGGAGAGCUCGUAAUUAUUUUUAAGAAAUAAAAUAUCAACCAGUAAAA